AUGUCCUCUUCUAAAUACCCAUCGUCCUUUCUGGCGGAGAAUCGCCGCCAGCCGGCGAUUAUCGGCAUGGUCGUUGUGACAACACUCUCAUUACUUGUCGUUCUGAUUCGCCUGUACGCUCGGGGGCAUCUAAUCCAUGAGCUGGGAUGGGAUGACCUCACGAUUGCAGUCGCACAGUUAGUCAGCUGGAUAGUCCUGGGGCUUUCAUUAAUGGUCAUCCACUAUGGCUCUGGCCAGCAUCUCGCAGCGUUGAUGAACGACCCAGAAGCCCUAGUGCAUAUGUAUAAGUGGCUUGUCGGAGCUCAGCUCGUGUAUAUGUUCAACAUGUGGCUGUGCCGCAUCUCUGGCAUCGCUUUUUAUGCUCGUCUCAAUCAAAUGCCACGAUUCACCCUUUAUCUGCGUAUUUCCUUCGCUUUUGUGACGGCUGUGUAUGUAGCGCAGACACUCAUCAUUACUUUGCAGUGUGUUCCUCUCGCUGUUCUGUGGGGCGGCGCAGAGGGUGAAUGCAUGGGCUCAGAGAUUGUUUUCAUUUCGACUUCUGUACUCACUAUCGUCUGUGACUCGCUUGUGCUGCUAUUGCCAAUGAAUAUUGUCUUCUCGUUGAAGGCAAAGCUAGCAAGAAAGCUAGUCUUAGCACUUGUACUUUGCGUGGGAGUUUUUGCUGUUGUGACGUCUAUUCUCCGGAUGGUGUCCAUGAUCGUCGCCCUCCAACACCCGGAUGAUGCAACUUGGUAUUUCUCUGUGGUGAUGGUGUGGUCUGCCACAGAAAUCAGUGCCGCUAUCAUCGCUCUUUCUCUCCCGGCGUUGCGGGCAUUUUUCGGGGUCUUGAGCAGAAAUCGUUCGACGAUGCAUCACAGUGACUCAGAUAAUAUAGGGACAAUAGGCCUUGAGUCGAUUCCUCUAUCGGCAAGGGAGCCUAUAUCUGACGGACAUGAUGUUCAUGAGACGACAAUCGAUGUGGACUGGGGGACGAGUCCGAGUCAGGAGACGCUUUGGGGUGUCAAGGAUGGAGAAUAUGGUUCGCAUGGGCGUUGA